CCCUCGCUUCAACUCUCUCUCUCUCUCUCUCUCUCUCAUCUUACACCGCCGGCAACUUCUCGAAUUGCUUCUCUGCAAUGGCGACCACAGCUUGUUUCAUCAUCGUCAGUAGGAACAACAUCCCUAUUUAUGAAGCUGAAGUCGGAUCUGCUGCUAAAAGAGAGGAUUCUGCUCAGCUGCAUCAAUUUAUAUUGCACGCGUCCCUUGACAUUGUUCAAGACCUGGCAUGGACUACUAGUGCUAUGUUCUUGAAAGCAGUCGAUAGAUUCAAUGAUCUGGUGGUGUCUGUUUAUGUAACCGCUGGCCAUACGCGAUUGAUGUUACUUCAUGACUCUCGCAAUGAUGAUGGAAUCAAGAGUUUUUUUCAAGAGGUUCACGAGCUUUACAUAAAGACUAUACUUAAUCCCCUCUACUUGCCUGGAUCCCGCAUCACAUCUUCACAUUUCGACACAAAAGUCCGUGCACUUGCGAGGAAGUAUCUCUAGUGUUCACCUUGAUUGCAGACCAACUGUGCUUUGUGACAAUGAGCUUCAAAGUUUAUAGCAGCAUUGAUUUUUCUAUAAUUGUGUUACAUUUUGAUCUUUUCUUUGCUAUUUGUGGUCCUGACAUUAAACCACUCAGUAGUUAAAUAUUGCUCAAUGUCAAUUAUGGACUUUGUAUGGCUUGAUUACGAGCAGGAAUAAUAGCACUUAACAGCAUUGAUGUAA